GAGCCCAUCUCGCUCUCAUCCACUCUCUAAAACACUCUAGACAUAACCAUGCUCGCUGCCCUCCGUGCGCAGAGCCUCCGCGCCACCCGCGCUGCUGGUGCUCCCUCUGCACUCCGUGCCGUCUUUGCGCGCGGCCUGCAGACCGACGCCGACACGUCGCACCCCGAGGGAGCUGUCCCCGAGUCGUUGACUGAGAAGUUCAACGUCCGCCUCCACGAUGAGUCGUUCCACGCGUACAAGUGCGACGCUCCCUCCAACGAGAUUGACACGACCAAGGAGGAGCUCAUCAAGAUGUACGACCAGAUGACCACGAUGCGCCGCAUGGAGCAGGCCGCCGACGCCCUUUACAAGGCCAAGCUUAUCCGCGGUUUCUGCCACCUUGCUAUCGGCCAGGAGGCCGUCUCGGUCGGCAUGGAGCACGCCAUUGACGCCAACGACCGUGUCAUUACCUCGUACCGCUGCCACACCUUUGCCGUCCUCCGUGGCGGUAGCAUCAAGGGUGUGCUCGCUGAGCUGAUGGGUCGCGAGGCCGGCAUGUCGCACGGCAAGGGUGGCUCGAUGCACAUGUUCACCCCCUCGUUCUUCGGCGGUAACGGUAUCGUCGGUGCCCAGGUUCCCCUUGGUGCCGGUAUUGCCUUUGCCCAGAAGUACCUCAAGAACCCCGCUGUCACUUUCGCCCUCUACGGUGACGGUGCCUCCAACCAGGGUCAGGUCUUCGAGGCCUACAACAUGGCCAAGCUGUGGAACAUCCCCGCCGUCUUCGUCUGCGAGAACAACAAGUACGGCAUGGGUACCUCGGCUGAGCGUUCGUCGAUGAACACCCAGUACUACACCCGUGGUGACCAGAUUCCCGGUAUCCAGGUCAACGGCAUGGACAUUCUCGCCGUCAAGAAGGCGUGCGAGUUUGCCAAGGACUGGACCGUGACUGGCAAGGGCCCCUUGCUCAUCGAGUUUGUCACCUACCGCUACGGUGGCCACUCGAUGUCGGACCCCGGAACCACCUACCGUACCCGUGACGAGGUGCAGAAGGUCCGUUCGACCUCGGACCCCAUUGCGGGCCUCAAGAAGAACAUUCUCGAGUGGGGCGUCGCGUCCGAGGACGAGCUCAAGGCCAUCGACAAGAAGGCCAAGGACGAGGUUAACACUGCUGUCGAGGAGGCCAAGCAGAGCCCCAUGCCCGGUCUCCACGAGUUCUGGACCGACAUUUACUACAAGGGAUCCGAGCCCCACAAGAUGCGUGGCCGUACCAAGGACGAGUUCCACGAGUACAACUAAGAGUAUCGGCGGCCGCCGAGUUAUUUACGCAUGAUUGUUGGUAUUGAGGUGAUGUCACGUUUGCAUCUAGAG